UUUUUUUUUUCUCUGGUUAUCUUAAUUUGGUGGUGUUUUACAGGGGAAGUGACUGAAAUUUUUGGUCAUUGAUCCAAUUUCUUCCAUAUCCUUCUAUGUCCACUCAAACAGCUUCCUCCUCCUCCUCGUCUUCUUCUUUGAAAUACGAUGUGUUCCUUAGUUUUUGCAGAGUUGACACCUUCAAGAAUUUUACAGACCAUCUCUAUAUUGCUUUGAGACAAAAGGGUAUUAUCACCUUCAGGGAUGAUGAUGAUGAGAUACUUGAGCAAGGAAAGUAUAUUUCUUCGCAGCUCUUGAAAGCAAUAGAAGAGUCCAAGUAUGCAAUCAUCGUUCUCUCAACAAACUAUGCUUCUUCAAGGUGGUGCUUGAUUGAACUGGCAAAGAUUGUCGAAUGCAUGAAAGUCACCGGGUUGAUUGUUUUGCCCGUCUUUUACCAUGUGGAUCCCUCUCAUGUACGGAACCAGACUGGGACUGUUGCUGAAGCUUUUGCUAAACAUGAGAAAGAUCCCAAGAUUAACAUAAAGGAUGUACAAGCGUGGAAAGAUGCUUUAAAAGAAGUUGGCAACAUCUCCGGAUGGCAUGUAAAUGAUAGCCAUGAAUCAUCAGAUAUCCAACAAAUCCUUAAAAGGAUAUUUAGUGAAUUGAAUUUUAAAUUCUCAAGUAUUUUUCCCAAGGGCCUUGUUGGAAUGGACUCACGUGUAAAAGAAGUGUUGGAUUCAUAUUUGGAUGAAGGAUCGGGUGGUGUUUGCUUUGUAGGGAUUUGUGGGAUGGGUGGAAUGGGCAAAACAACUCUUGCACAAGAAAUUUACAGAAGAAUUUUUGUUAACUUUGAAGCUAGCAGCUUUAUUGAUAAUGUAAGAGAAGAAACUAGAAAUCGAGGUCUAGUUUCUUUACAAAAACAACUUAUUUCCAAGAUCCUUAUGGAAUGCGAAACAAAUAUAUGGACAAAAUCUGAUGGAAUCGAAGUUAUAGGGAAUAUGGUACGUAACAAAAAGGUUCUUAUUAUUCUUGAUGAUGUGGAUGGAGAAGAACAACUAGAAGCAUUAGCAGGGAACCAUGAUUGGUUUGGUUCAGGGAGUAGAAUCAUUGUAACAAGCAGAGAUAGCCAUUUAUUGAGAAGAUUUGACAUGAAUUUUAUAUAUACUGUCAAGCAGUUGAAUAACGAUGAUGCUUUGAAGCUUUUUAGUUGGAGAGCAUUCAAGAAACCUGAUCCUAAAGAAAAUUAUGUGGAUUUGUCUCAAGACUUUGUAAAUUAUGCUAACGGCCUUCCUUUGGCUCUUAAAGUUUUAUGUUCUUUGUUAUUUGAUAAAGAAAUAGAUGAAUGGAAUAGUGCUUUGGAUAAACUAAAAGUAGAGCCUGAUAAAAAUUUUUUAGAUAUUCUUAAAAUAAGUUAUGAUGGGUUGACGAAUGCGCAGAAAGAAUUAUUUUUGGAUAUUGCAUGUUUUUUCAAAGGAGAGAACAAAGAUUGCAUAAAAGAUAUACUAAAAAGUUUUGGUUACUAUCCAGACUACAAUAUUGGUGUUCUUAUAGACAAAUCUCUCAUAACCAUUGAGCAAGCGGAAACCAUAUGGAUGCAUGAUUUGCUACAAGAAAUGGGUCAAGAAAUUGUUAGUCAAGAAUCCCCUAAAGAGCUUGGUAGACGUAGAAGGUUGUUGCAUUAUGAGGACAUACUUUUUGUAUUGAAGAAUAAUAUUGGAACAGAGGUAGUUGAAGGCAUAAAGCUAAACACACCUAUUGAAAUAGAAGAACACUUGAGUGUUGAAGCCUUCUCAAAGAUGACAAAUUUGAGAUUCCUUAAAAUUGGUUAUGUGCAACCUCCACUAGACCUCAUUAGAGGUCCUAUCCAACUUCCACAAGGCCUCAAUUAUCUUUCUAAUGAGUUACGUGUAAUAGAUUGGCAUGGAUAUCCUUUAAAAUCCUUGCCAACUAGUUUCCAACGAAACAAACUUGUUGAACUGAGAAUGCAUUGCAGUGACAUCAAACAACUAUGGAAAGGAAUUAUGAUUUUAAAUGAGUUAAAACUCAUUGACUUGAGUGACUCUCAAAACUUGAUUGAGACCCCGAACCUUAGUGGAGCUCCAAAUCUUAAGCAACUGAUUCUUCGACGUUGUACAAGACUAUAUAAGAUACAUGCAUCUCUUCGUGAUCACAAAAGGCUUAUUCUCUUGGAUGUGAGUAAAUGUAAACGUUUGUCAAAACUUUGUUUGAGUGGGACUGCUAUAUUACACCAACCUUCAUCUGUUGUUCACUUAAAAAAUCUCAAAAUGCUCUCUAUCUCCGGAUGCGUGGGGCUAUCAUCUAAUAAGCUCAUGAGGUUUACUUUAAUGCAACCUAGAAGAAGUCCAGAUCCCAUGGGCAUGCUAGUGCGUUCUUUAAUAGGCUUAUGCUUUUUGACAACACUUGAUCUAAGUUAUUGCAAUGUUCAGACAAUUCCUAAUGUUCUUGGGUGCUUGUCAUCUUUAAAACGUUUAAAUCUAAGGGGAAAUAAUUUUGUUGAGUUUAUUGAUGCAAUAAUGUGUACCUCACUGGAAACAUUAUCAUUAAGAGUAGAAUCCGAUUUCGGCCAAAAAUUUCAUCUUCUCAAUUGCGACAAAUUGAUCAAGAAUCAAGGCUAUGGUGACCUAGUUUCAACAAUGCUAGGACCUUAUAUCAUUAAUACCCAGGGUCAGCAAGAUGGUUAUUUUGUCACAAUUCCUGGGAGUGAAAUUCCAAAAUGGUUUAGCCACCAAAAUGUGGGGGUUCAGUGAAUCUGCAAGUGCCCUCAGAUUUAUUAGGUAACAAAUUGAUGGGAAUCGUUGUGUGCGCUGUUUUUGUAUUCUGCAAACAUCAUCCACUUCACCAACUUCAUAUUCAAGAUUAUGGAGAUUGGAUAGGUACGCAUGAGAUUCGAUGUUCCAUUGGUGGAUCUAAAGGAAGCAUGUUCAUUACUUUAUCCGAGGAAUUUGGUAAGAUUGAAUCGUAUCAACUUUGGCUGAGAUAUAUUCCCUCCGCAUUCUAUGGAGAGGACUGGAAAGAGAUAUUGAAUCAAGUCAACGCUAACGGAUUCAGCUUGAUUGAAGUUAAAUUUGAACUCGAAGGUCCAGGCUUGGAGGUUACGAAAUGUGGGGCCCAUCUGGUAUUUGAGCGAGACAUUGAAGACCUAAUAAACCAAACUAAGGCUGGGCCUAGCAGCUGCAUCAUCACUCCUUACGAUGAAGAUGGUUUUGAGGAUUCAAAAAAAGAUACCAAAAUUAAGCGAAGCCGUGAUGACUCUGAUGGGGAAGGGGCUGGACCUAGUGGAGAAGCUACCUCUAAUGAUGUAGACGAACCACACCCAAAGAGGAUAAGACUCCCUAAUCUGAUUGAAAGAUUAAUUCCACGUUUGGGAAAUUGGCUUGGGAAUUCAAGCACACAAGAACAAGGUGACUCUGUUUGCGAGGAAGAGAAAUCCCAGUGAAAUUGGUAGCUUUGAUGAAAUUGGUUGAUCAACUUUCUUGUCUUUGACUUUUUCUACCUCAUACUGGAUAUGAAGAAGUAUUUUAUUUGGACUUUGUUGAAAAGGAGAAACUGUCAUGUUGCUGGCUGACGAAAAAGCAUGUGGAACUGAUUGUAUGGUAGUCAUUUUUGUUCAAUUGUGCUGGAUGGUGCAUUGAUGUGGCAGUCCUAUAUAUUGUGUGGAUCACGUCCAGAUUGGUUGAAUCAAUACAAUUGCAUGGAAGCUUCUAUUGCUAGCAACUGCCAAAGCUUGAAUGUGCAGAAGUGUGGGCUUUGUCACUGCUGCAUGACUUCUUUAUCUGAUAAUUGUGGUCUCAUUUGUCAAUUGAUGGUUGAUAAUGGAGAAAGAUAUAAGCCAAAUUGUUUGUGAAGCAAGACCCUGUAGAUUUAGAAGCUAUGUUGAAGAAGUUCAGCCUAAAAGACUCAGAUUACACAUUGAUUCCAUGCUUAAGGAUGAGGGAAAACGAGAUGUACAAUAUCCUCUUGCAUUGCUGCCUUCAUUACUUUUGAGCUUUUCCUUCUAAGCUACUGAAUUUUUCUUGCAGAUGAAUUCAAAGAUUGUUGACUACAACGGAUUGAUUAGUUUCCACAGAAAGCAAUGGAUUCUUGAAGCUGUAAAGUUUAUUUUAUCUUACAUUAAGCUGCAAAGGUUUAAUUCACUGAAUGAUUAGUCUAAGGCCAUUGUCUAGUGAGGUCAAUGAUAGGGAAGGAGGACCAUGCCAUGCCUUAUUACCUUAUUAAGGUGAGAAGGGAAGUCUAAAAAUUAGUAGCUGUUGAGCAUGUUUACUUGGGUGAUAGAUAAGUGUAAUAUGGAAUUCAAAUCAGCUUUGGUGUUCUGUUGAUUCCAUGCUUAAAGACAGGAAAACAAGUUGUAGAAUAACCUCUCCUCUACUUGCAUUGCUGCCUUUAUUACUUUUGAGCUCUUCAUAUCUAAGUUCAUGGUAUGUCAUUCACCCCAUAGUCUUCUGUCAUAGAUUUAUAAAAACAUCACAUUUAUUUCCUCUUUUCUUUGUGAUUUGAUUAGAUGUAACAUUCCCAUGCGAAACUUCAACUUACAUUACCACUACCCAAUUUUUUCAUUUUUUUUUUCCAAAAUUUCUGAGUGUAACAGUUUGCAGAAAUUUAUUCCAAAAUUAGGCAUUAUCCUUUAUUUAAAUUUCCUGUCAGUCAAAUUUUCCAAAGUUGCAUACCUACAUGAUCUAGGACCAGGUGUUUUUUUUUUUUGGAUGAAUGAAAAUAUAUAAUUAAGAGAACACUCAGUUCAGGUCCACACACAACAUCGCUGUAGUAACAACAGAAGAGCUAGUCAUAAUACACACAAAUUUGAAGCAGGACAAAACUUUUGUCAAACUAAAGAAACACUUUCUAACUUUUCCUAAUGACAUCUUGACCCUUACUAGGACAUCACAUACAAAAAACGGCUUCACUUGGAAAACAGAUAAUGGAAUAUUCCAGCUAAUACACAGAUAUCUCUUCAUUCUAGUGUAUUUGAAAUUCCCUCUAGCUUCCAUCCUUACCCCAAUUUCCAUUUCUCCAACAACUGCUCCUCACUUUAAAUUUUCCCUCCCUAAAUUUUGCAUUUCUCUGACUCCAUAAAUGGUAAACCACACCCCCAUGCUAACUUACAUGAGGAAGCUUUCAGCUUUCCUUUUAAACUUUCCAACCCCCAUUUAAUCCAAUUUGUUUCAGGAGAGUCUAUGAGGCAUCUCUUCAUUACUUCCCUCCACAAUCUUUUUGGCAAACUGCAUUUAAAAAAUAAAUGGUCUGGACAUUUUAUGCAACUUCUGCAUAAUGCAAACAGAAUAUCCCCUUGUACCCCCACUAUAACAAUUUAUCACAAGUGGAUAAUUUUUUCUCAUAGCAAGCCAAGUGAUGAAUCAUGUAUAGAAAAGGCCGUAAAAAAACAGAUUAGCUUCCACCAAUUAACCUCACACAACCUCAAUUGAAUUGGACUCCAGGUUUCUUAGCAGAUAUAAAUGCUCCCCUUGGCCGGAACCCAAAUAGGUCUAUCUACUUCUCGAAUAUCCAUGAGAGGAAGUUUGCUUUGUAUAGAAACCAGAGAAUUAGACUUAAGUGGUUUCCAGACAUAGCUUUUUUCCUGCUAUACAAUUGAAACUUUUCUGCAAGACUACUUGCAACAUCAUUUUUUGCUCUGUAACCAUACAUGGUAUAAAGAAUAUCAUCAGGAUUCCACCAAUACAUUAGAAACUUUUGCCUUAAGACUACUUGCAACAUCAUAUACUACUCCGUAAGCAUACCUGGUGAUGUAAUGAAUAUCAUCAUUAUGCCAUCAAUUACACUCUUGAUGUUACCUCCCGUAUUGUGUUCCAAAUCUUUGGUUUUACAACUUUCUGUUCCCAUUGUCUUGUGAUUUAAUUUUAUUAAGAAAAAAAGAAAAAAGAAAAAGAAAAUCGACUGGCUGUGUAUUUGGAUGGUUGGGCAUGUUGUAUUUAGAGAUGGAUCUUAUAGUUGUGUUGCCUCCUCACUAUAGGAGUCCUCAAUCAGCUAAAUGAGAUUACUAGUAUUUAUUUAAGUUUCGUCCUUUUGUUUUCUGCAACAAAGCUAGCCCAGAAUUAGUUGUCCAUAGCUCUAUAUAAGAGCCCAAGUUACAGUCUUAAGUAUCCAAUCAUUUGAUUUGCAUAAGAGUAAAGAACCUAUGACCUUAGUUUUGUCAUUUGUGCUAAAUUAUCUUUGCAUUAAACUAAGUCAAUGCAUGUGUGUUUAAACUUGAUUGGCCUGUCGUUUUACUCCCACCUCUUUUUACUUCCUUCUUUAACUUAUGUUUAGUUGCCACAAAAAAAAAAAAAAGAAAAAAAUUAAAAAAAGAAGGUAAAAUCAUCUUUGGUAGCUGGUAGACAAAAGCUAUUUCUGUUUUGAAAUUGAAAAUUAAUUGAUUGAACAUCAAAUAAUUGUAAAUUAUGUUGCUUGAUCCUUCAGAUUAAGGGUUAAGACUUAUAUCUACAAGAUGAAGUAUUGCCUAAUGUCUUCAUGUUCACUUUCACCAUUCUGAUUUUAUAUUGUGAGAAGCUCUUGAAUUUCUUCAAACAUAGGACCUUUUGUGGAACAAGCUGUAUAGCCUAUGAUAAAUUAAAAAAAUUCUUCCUCCAUGCACUUGAAGCUGGCUCAUAGAUAUCUGUCAUGACCGAUUUGUUACAAAGAUCAAUAUGGUGCCUCUUACCAAAGAACUUUCUCUAUUUAUUUUCUAAUUGUACAAUAUAUUUAAGACUGUGACACACUGUUUAUUUAAAAGAGAAUAUAAAAGAGACAAUGCUAAAGAAAAGCUAGCCUCAAGUGGACCUCUAUUUUGGAUACAAUAAGAAACAAAGGAAAAUACAUCAUAGAAGGUGAGGAAAACAACACAAAAACAAAUAUAGUACCAAGACCUAUGAAGGCAUAUAAUCCCCCUAGAGCAUCUCAGCAGUGAGUCCACUGCUCUUGGCCAGAACCCACCUACUUUUUACAAUAGAUUGGACAGAUUGUACCUACAAUGGCUGGCUUGAAAUAUAAAUCCAUUAAGCCCGCUCAGUAUGUUUUUAACUUUCUAUGCUGAAUACCAGUACUAAGUGAUGAUCAUCUGCAUUGAUAUGUUUCUUUAUCUCAUGGAAAACCGAGUUAUCACAACAUAAUUUGUUAGUUGUUUAUCGCUAGACAUCCUCAUAGGAGAUCAAUAAAAAAUCAAAUUUUCAGCUCGUAGCCUUUACCAACACCAUUUGAUGACUUUCCUUAUAUGACUGGUCUUCACCACCUUCUUCAUUCUCUGUUGCAGGCCUCCUAAAAUUUCUGAAUUCUUUGAGCUUUCACCAGUUUUGUAUUCUAUUAGUUUUGAUUUUUCACUUUCCUAAAUUUUUUUUUUUCCUGUUCUGUGUAAUACUCUUAUGUAUGCAGCCCCUUUACUAGGGUAGCACCUUUUUUCAAUCAAUGAAUUAUUUACUUAUUGGAAAAAAAAAUGUUGAAGAAAUAUUUGAUUUGGUUUUUCCAUUAUACAGCUAUAGCAGUUUGCUUGUAGACGUUGCCUUUUUCCCUUGCCAUUAUUUUCCCAAGAUAAUUUGUAGCAUCUUGGGAUAAUCUCUUGAUUUUUUAUUUAUAUGUAUAAAACUCUUGAAAUUGAAUUUUACAAUAUGUUCAUGAGAAAAAGCUCUCUUCUUCACUUGUCUUUACAGAACAUUUUACUCACUGUUUUCAAAAGGAAAAAAUGGUAUUAACUCCUAAGGGUGGGACUCGAGUUUUUGUUACUAGAAUACCUCCUAGUGUCACAGAUGAUGAUUUUGGCAGGAUCCAGUGACAAAACAUGGAAUUGGAUUUGUAAUGCAUGAAUUUGCAGGAAGUGGAGCUUGAGUCUUAAAAUUUUGUAUUCUAGUUUUUUGUUCAAGUGAAUUUGUAGAAUACAUGGUGUUAAUCGAGAGAUUCUAAACUAUAAACUUAGUGUUUGAGGUGUCAUUUGGAAGAUCAAUAAUUGUAGAACUUCAUCAUUUGUUGUUUUGGUCUUCCAUUUUACCUCAUAGUAUUGUCUGGUCUGUUUUCAGAUUCAGUAUACCGGAUAAUGUCUGAAUCAUAUGAACUUCAAAGGUUCUACGGUUGCUGUGGACUUAGCAAUUCCAAAGGUGUGCUAUUAUUUAA